AAACCCCUCAGAAAUCCAGCCAAAUCCUGCACCAAAGCCCUCCUAUUGCAAAACAGGCGGCAAGGUUACCAACCAAGGCUGUUCACACGGUUCGCGACAGACCAGAGCAAAAAUUAAAACAAACAGAGCAACAACAUUCUUGGCUCGACAAUUGUCUUCCCUUCCGCUUCUCUAGAGCUUUGCGCCUGAAGGAGAGGACUCGAUCCCAAGCUCACGGCAACGGUCAAAGCCAAGUGUUCAGCCCUCUGCAAGCUACAGCAAGAGGACCUCGCACAGAUCGCCCUGAUUAAUUGAUCUGGUCGAUUCCCCCGCCUCGACCAAUCUAUUGAUCGCUCCCAUAACACCCGACGAACACAAAUCCCAGCAUGCCUCCCAAAACAGGGCGCGGCCGCAAGUCGAUUGCUGGGCCACGGAAACCAACGGCCGCUGUUGAUUCCGAACCCGCUGCAGGUCCUUCGACUGCCCCAACGGAGAUCACCUCGCCAGCGGCGCGCGGGCGCAAACCCGGUGGUGUCGCCAAAGGCAAGCGACCAGCAAAAGCGCCCAGGAAAUCCGAUGUUGAACCGGGCGAUCCCCACCCCACUGGUCGGCGUCGCCGUUACAAGCCGGGAACCGUUGCCCUCAAGGAGAUCCGCCAAUAUCAACGCUCAUUCGACCUACUCAUCAAGAAGCUCCCGUUCGCGCGACUAGUCCGUGAGGUCGCCCUGGACCUCCUUCCCGCAGAUGUGGGCUCCGAGCUGCGCUGGCAAUCGCAUGCGAUCCUAGCCCUCCAGGAGGCCGCCGAGGCAUUCCUGGUCCAUCUUUUCGAGGACACUAACCUCUGUGCCAUCCAUGCCAAGCGCGUGACAAUCAUGCAGAAGGAUAUUCAGCUUGCUCGGCGGAUCCGCGGUGUCUGGGGCGGUCUGGGUUAGACUUUUUACUCCUCGUUCAGGACGCUUCGGAUAAACAUUGCCGAUCUCGCGUUAUUAUUUUGUGUCUGUUUCUGUUCUGUCCGGUGUUGAAUGAACCGGGGUUAGUCAGAGCUUAUAACCUGAUUUCGAGA